AUGAAGAUUACUCUUAUUUAGAAUUUGUUGCUGAGCAGAUUUUCACAAUUAGACACAGCAGCCUCUAUAGCCACUCAAUAUCCAUUAUUUAAAAUGUUAAGAGGUGUGGCAAAAAAGUUUAUGUUUAAUGAGUUAGAAAUCAUAUUCUUUCUGCACACAAUCGAAGAAUAGAAAUGGAGAUACGAGGAUUAAUUGAUUUCAGACUUCUAGCCUUACUUUAAAUCAGAUUUCUUGAGUAACUAGGAAAAUUAGAAUGUAGAAGGGUUCAAAAAAUUAUUAUUGUUUCUUAUUUGCUGUGGAUAUACAAUCAAAUGUUUUUUCAACGAUUCCAAUGAUUAAGAAAUAAUCUUAAUAACAGAUCAUAUUCAAUAAUAUUGUUAAAGAGACUUUAAGAAACAAUUACUAGAUUUGUGGCGGUAGAAACAUUUGAAUUGUGCAUUGAAGAUAGUACCCAGAGUCUUGAAUAAAUUGUACAAUAAAUUAAUGAGAAUACAAAAAGAUGGGAAAUAAGAGUUUCAACAGGAUUACAAUGCAUUAGUAGAUUAAAUAAUAUAGAUUUCUCCAGCUUACAAUAAUUAAGAAGGUAAAUAGAUAAAGCAAGAAGUUAAACCGAUCUAGUAAUAACAACAUCAAUAUCAACCACCUUUAACAUUUAGUCAAUAGACUCAGCAAUCCAUUUAACAAUAGGCUUUUAUGAAUGCUUCAGGAUUAUAUAUGCAAUUUUCACAAUCAUAAAAUCUCCCGUAAUAAUAAGGUCAAUAAAAUUAUUUAUAAACACCCUUGAAUAAUUAGGAGUUCUGCGAUUCGAAUAUAAAUGAAAAUCUAUUUCUAAAUUCAACUAAAAUCAAAGAGGAACCACUUUCAAUUAAAAUCAAAGACGAAAUCCCGCCUCCCCCACCCUUAUUGAGCUUAGCUUCUGGUCGGUUACACCAAUGA